CGGGGGAGGAGAGAUGAUAAAAUCCGAGCACACACACACACACACACAUACUGAAGUGGAGUUUUUUUUAUUUCCACACACUCUGUUGAGUCUGUCUCUGUAAGGACAGGAGGAUGAGGAGGACGGUGCUGAUGAUGAAGGCCCUGGCGUGCUGGUGCGUGCUUUGCGCGGUGGUGCGCGGAGUCCGGGCGCAGUUUCCGCGCGCGUGCAGCACGGUGGAGGCGAUCGAGUCGAAGCGCUGCUGCCCGUCCCCGAGCGCCGAUGCCGAGGACGCGUGCGGCGCGCGCUCCGGACGCGGGGCCUGCGACGCCGUGCACACGGACACGCGGCCGUGGGGAGGAACGUACACGCUGCGCAACGUGGACGACCGCGAGCGCUGGCCCACCAAGUUCUACACGCAGACCUGCACGUGCUUCGGUAACUUCGCCGGUUACGACUGUGGCGAGUGUAAGUUUGGGUGGACGGGGCCGAACUGCGACGUCCGCAAGACUCCUGUGACACGGAAGAAUAUCAUGUCUCUGAGUGUGGAGGAGAGGCAGAUCUUCCUGGAGGUGCUGCAGCGUUCCAAACGCACCAUACACCCUCAGUACGUCAUCGCCACCGAGCACUGGCUCGGCCUGAUCGAUCGAGAAACCAACCAGACGCGCUUCAGCAACAUCACCGUGUACGACCUGUUCGUCUGGCAGCACUACUACUCCGUGAGGGACACGCUGCUCGGUCCCGGACGGCCGUUCAAAGCCAUCGAUUUUUCCCAUAAAGGCCCUGCGUUCAUCACCUGGCACAGGUACCAUCUGCUGAGUCUGGAGAGAGACCUUCAGAAACUGAUUGGCGAUCAAAAUUUUGCUAUCCCUUACUGGAAUUUUGCAACCGGUGGCUCGGAGUGUGAAGUGUGCACUGAUGACCUUUUGGGAGGAGAAGACCCCAGUGACCCCUCACUCAUCAGCCCUAGAUCACCGUUCAGUGACUGGGGAAUCGUGUGUGACAGCUUGGACGAGUAUAACCGUUUGGUGACGCUGUGUAACGGGACGAGAGAGGGACCUUUACGUCGCGGUCCGAAGAAAAGAGGCAGCAUUGCUUUGCCGACGAUGGACGACGUACGCAGCUGCCUCCAGUUACGAGACUUCGACAGGCCUCCAUAUUUUACCAACUCCACCUUCAGCUUCAGAAACGCACUGGAGGGUUUCGAUAAAGCGGACGGAGAACUCGACAGUGCUGUGACGGGAUUACACAACCUCGUCCACGACUUCCUCAGCGGCACGAACGCACUGUCCCACUCCGCCGCCAACGACCCCAUCUUUGUGGUGUUACACGCCUUCACAGACGCCAUAUUUGAAGAAUGGCUGCGCCGCUUCCCAAAAAACGAUACUUAUCCCGAAGAAAUGGCUCCGAUCGGCCAUAACCGCCAUUUUAACAUGGUUCCCUUCUUCCCUCCGGUCACGAACGAGGAACUCUACAUUCCCUCCGUCGAGCUGGGCUACUCCUACGAGAUCGACCUCUCCGAUGCAGGUCAGUCCGCAGCCGCAUUCGUUGUUGCCGGUUCCUGCCUCGCUCUCCUCGUCCUCAUCCUCCUUUUGGUUCUGUACACACGGCAGAGACACAGGCGCGAGUACGAGCCGCUCGUCAGCGCUGGAUAUGCAGCUGUGAAAUACACCGAGGACGCGUGAUUGAAAACGAAAUUAAAAACUAGCGUGAACAUUACUGCAGAAGACAUUGCCGCAGUCUGAUCCAUUUUUCCUUUCCAAAGUAGCAAAAUAAGACUAACAUGCUAGCUAACAUGUCUCAUGCUAGCUAAUUAUCACACUAUUCCUGGCGCUAAUCUCACACUAACAUUAUGCUAAUGUUACGCUAACUCCAGCCUAACUGCUUUAGCUCGUCUGCAUGCUAGUUCUUAGAAGCGGAUUUUUUUGGACACGAGUCUAAUUCAGGAAGGUCAUAAAAAUGUGAAUCAUAUUUACAAGUGAUUAAAAAUGUAGAAUGUAGUACCUCAUUUUGAUUUAUUUACCUUCUAAAUGUUUUUUUUUUUUCCAUUUUAGCACACGACAGUAAUUCAUAAGCCAUUUUGUUUACUGUUUAUUUUGCUUGUUAAAGGUGCAGUCUGUGAUUUUGACAAAUUGUUUCUACACUUGAAUUAAUCAUAUUGUGAUUAACACCACCAAUGUGCAGCCAAUCUCACUGGAUUCUGUGAAUUUCAGCUUUAUAUUUACAUUUUUUUCUGUUAAUUAAUGUCACAAUGACGAGUGUGUGCUACAUCAGUUGCUAAUUAUUAAACUUUGGUUACUCCAUAAACUGC